CCACCUUCUCUCCAUCUUCUUCAUCGCAACACAAACGCUUUGAUUUACUGAGAGAUCUUCCAUAUCAAUUCACUACUGAGAUUGUUGUUUGGGCUUUGAGUUCUUGGGAAAGAAAGUUAAGAAGAUGAGUCAUAUGAGGAAAGCUUGGGUGGUGGCAGCAAGCGUGGGAGCAGUGGAGGCACUCAAGGAUCAGGGCUUCUGCAGAUGGAACUACACUCUGAGGUCUAUUCACCAGCAUGCCAAGAACAACCUCAGGUCCUUUUCUCAGGCCAGGAAGCUCUCUUCUUCCUCUUCUGCAAUGGUUUCUAGCAGAAUGAGAGACGAGAAGGCAAAGCAGUCAGAGGAGUCUCUGAGGACUGUCAUGUACCUGAGCUGCUGGGGACCCAACUGAGACGUUCCACAUUUCGAGUGAUCAAGAAGAAGAUGAUGAUGACGAAAGAUUCAUGGAGGGAGCAUGUGAAGGAAGUCAUGAGAAGGGGAGAUGAAAACCAUUAAUGGAGAAGAGAGAUCCAUCUGUGGAUGAAGGCAGUGGAAAUUUGGAGCCGAGUGAGUCAUGGGUAAUGGUUCUUAUGAGUUGGGAAAUUAUCAGCAAAGUGCUUUCUCAACCUCAGAUGCUUUGGGAGGAAUGGGAAUUUACCAGAAAAUUGCAAGUACAUAUGUAUGAUGCUUUUUAUGCAUAAUUUGUCCGAAAGCAAUAAUAAUCAGAUUAAUUUUCAGCUA